AGCAGAUCUUUAUUCCCAGUAGGACUGUGGAAACAAUAACCACUGCACUGCUUAGUCAGGAAAUCCUUUUUAUAGCUGAUCAUCAGCAGCAUGGGGCCAGCUUUGUUCUCAGGAAUCUUACAGAAAACAAGCAACAACACAGCAUCUCAAAUUUAGCUGAGAAAGCUGAAAGAUCUGCAUUUUCAUCGUUAACACAGAAAAGAGAAAUGCUGACAAGCACGGGACCCAACAACCAGCUUUCAGCAGAGCCUUCGGGUCGUUGCCUCAGAGCUGUCAGGUUUUUCACAGGAGACAUGCGACAGUGUGGAGAGUGGGUGAAAAGGCAGGUUCUGAUAAUCCAGCUGCUGGACGGUAUUUUACGAGGCACGGCUCAGGUCAUGUUCGUCAGUAACCCUGUCAGCGGACUUCUCAUUUUGACUGGCCUGUUCCUGCAGAACCCCUGGUGGGUUCUAAACUCUCUGCUGGGAACUUUUGUCUCCACUGUGUCGGCGAUACUCCUCAGACAAAACAGGGAAGCGAUUUUUGCAGGGCUUCAUGGAUACAACGGGACUUUGGUUGGUAUGCUGAUGGCCGCGUUCUCCUCCAAGGGAAACUGGUACUGGUGGCUUCUGUUCCCAAAUGUGUUCAUGUCCAUGUUGUGCCCUGUAAUCUCCAGUGCUUUGUCCUCCAUUAUGAGCAAAUGGGAUCUCCCAAUUUUCACUUUGCCUUUCAACAUCCUGACUUGCUUACACAUAGCAGCAACAGGAACCACUCACCCAUAUUUUCCAGAGGCAUGUAUUAAGUCUCACUUUACACAUACAUUUGAAUUUUCUCAGCUAUUCUUGUCGGUGCCAGUUGGCGUUGGCCAGGUGUUUGGCUGCGACAGUCCCUGGACGUCGUGUCUCGUCCUUCUGGCCCUGCUGCUGUGCUCGCCAGCUAUCUGCAUACAUGCCUUGUUGGGCUCCACUGCUGGCCUGUGCACUAGACUUGCAUUAGCUGCACCUCUCGAAGACGUCUACGCAGGACUUUGGGGAUAUAACAGUGUGCUGUCCUGCAUUGCUAUUGGAGGGUUCUUUUAUGGUUUAACAUGGCAGACACACAUACUGUCUCUAAUAUGUGCACUUUUCUGUGCAUACGUGACCUCAGCGACGUCAAAACUCAUGUCUGUGUUCGCGUUACCGGCCUGCACGUGGCCAUUUUGCCUGUCGAUUCUCAUCUUCCUCCUACUUUCCUCGGAGAACCCGGCCAUCUGCAGGCUGCCCCUGUCCGCUGUGUCCUACCCUGAGGAAAACCGUCACUACCUGAGACAAUUAAGGAUGUCAGAAAAGGCUCUGAGCAGCUGCAAGGGAGAGCAGACUCCGGACAGAAUGGAGGGAUGAAUUCUUAGCCAGAAAUGUGAAAAGCAGUUACGAUGGGUCCGUAAGAGAGAUGUUAUUUUGCAUCAGUUUGAAUGUGGCUGUUGUGAUGUUCAUGUUUUCUGCUUAUAUAACCAGAUCAGUUACAUAAAAAUGAGUGUUUUCUGGAUGAAAAAUGUUUUGCUCACACGCAGUACAUCUUGCGAUCUGCAGGUGGCGACACACAACCACAAAAAACAUAAAGCCAGACCGGAUAGAAAAUCAGGAAGAUGUAAAAAUGCACCUGCACUUUUAGUUGCAAGUUGUUGUGAGUUAUUUCAUUAAAAACAUAAAGUAGUUUCUACCAUGUGUGAAAUCAUUUAGAGCUCCCAUAGGGAGAGGGGAUGUGAGCAUUCUACUGCUCAUCAUAGCUCAGUUUUGGUGGGUGCUUGUGGAAGAUUUAAUAUUCAUCAGUCUUUCAUCAAUGCAGACAGUAAGCUGCGGGAUAUUUUCCAAAUUGUUCCCCCUGCAAAACCCUUUCUCACUGAAAGCCAUAAUCCAUCACUACAUUCCAAUCUGUCCUCUUGUUUUUCAAUCAUUUCUCUUUGCUUCUCCCUCGAUUCAACCACUUUUUAUGAACCGGUUGUGUCACUUAUCUUUUGUUUUUCUCUUCAUCCGUUAUCCGUCUUCUCUUCGUCUCUCGGAUGAUAACAGCCAAUCUCGCCCCUUUCAAACAGAGCAAGAAUAUUUCAGUCGUUUUGAAAAGAAGAUGACAGGCUGCACACCAGGAGUUCUGUCUGGGUCGAUGUUUGCCUGUGCAUCUUAAUAUGUCUGUGCCGCCAUUUGGCUGUCUGUCUGUGCAUCUGGUGCACUGAAGUCUGGCCAGAGUGAAAAAUCAGAGCCAGUCACACUUACAGAAAUGUGUGGGAGAUGCAGACCAGGGCGGUGGGGGGAGAGAAGGUGUGAGACAUGACAGGGGGGGAUGGAGUUGAGAUUUUUUUUUAUAGUACAUGUUGUUUCUCUUUGUGUUGUUUUAAACUAUGUUGAUUCAUCUGCUGCCCUUUGAAGGGCAGGGUGAGGGUUGGGAGCAGAAUGAUGGGGGAUGAGGUUGGUGUCACAUACUCUGUGCCGGUGCUGUGUGCUCACAGCAGGAUGAAUCAUUUUUUUGUUUUUUUUCCCUGAGUCCCUUGCAGGAAGCACUCGCCAGUUCCAUAAAACUUAGCAACAAGGGAUGACAGCAGGCUGCAGGGAUGAACUUUCCUCAUCUAUAAAGUCUCUCACAUAAUAGCAGCUACAAGAUCUGAUGGUUCCUCAUAGAGUUUGUGUAUAAAAAAAGCCAUUUUAACUUUAAAGGGCAAAACAGUUUUUACGUUGUCAGGGUCACAUGUAACAUUGAAUCUGUCUUUUUUCUUAUUGGUUGAUCUCUAACUGUCCAAUCGGUAUCAGGGUUAAAGACAGAGAGAUACUUUGAUUUUUGCUGUUUCAGAAACACACAUAGGUUUUUGUUUGUUUGUUUGUUUUGGGGUUUUUUUUUCAACAUCUACAAGGAAUGAUGAACAUGAAACGAGUGUGGACAUUUCUGCAAGACGAUUCCAAAGCCAGAGCCAAGGAAGCUCUCACCUGGCCUUGCAGAAAGAAAAUAAAGCAGCUUGACUGGACCAGCCAGUCUCCUGACUUGAAUCCUGUUGAAAAUCUCUGGAAAGAACUAAACAUCAGAGUUCAUUGAAGAGGCAGGAGCUUCCAGAUUUAAAGAUAAUGUAGAAGAAUGGGACAAAAUGACACCUGAGCCAUGCCUGCCAGUAGUUUCUCCAAACAGGAGGCAUCUUCAAGAGGUCAUUACCAAAGUAUAUAAUAAAUAUCAGUAAACGUGUUCAAUACUUCUUCCCUAUGUCGUUUCACAUUAUCACACAUAACUUAAUUCCUGAACUUAUUUGUUUUGGUUUCUUUCUAUGUAUGGAUUACUUGGCUUGUUACCCACACCUGGUAAACAUUUUAUGCCAAUAGCAACUUUAGAAAUACAUUUACCAUGAAAAAUUGUGAUGUGUUCAAUAUUUUUUAUCCGCUGUAUAAUUGUCACAGUUCAGGUUAAAAAGAAAAAAAAAUGCUAAUUUAGUCUGGAAAUGUGGUCAAAACAAUCUGAUAGGCGUUCUUAAGUUUAGUUGACAAUAAAAUAAAUACUACUUGAUACAAUUUGUCUAAUAAGUUUUUUUUGGGGGGGGAGGGGUUGCUAGGUAAAAGAAGAAAAUAAAGUGAUUUACUGAAUGAUGUUUUAAUUUAUGCGGGGCAUAAAUUAAACAGAUCAGAUGCCAUUAGAAACAUUACAGCUACUGUAUGUUCUCUGCAAUAAGAAAGUGGAAGCUCCAACAAACAAAGGGAUCAGAGACUGUCAGUGCUGCGAAAACCAAAUGUGUGAGAACAGCAAACAUGAUGAGAACAAGAUGCAUGUGAGCCUUCUCGCCAACCAACAAUUACAGUGUCACUCCUGCUUGAUGCUUUAAAUGGCGUUCAUUCCUGUGAGACUGACAGGACACUUUGUGUUUCUGCGAGAAAGAGAGCGAGAUUGUGUGAACGUGUUAAAAGGAAGGAAAAAAAAGACAACAAAAAAAAACAGGCCAAAUGCAGCCAAACUGUUCCUGUGGGCUGGGAGAAUGAAUGUCGCCUGUUGUGAUUCACUCCAUCCUGCUCGAUCUGUGAAUAGUAUCCAAGAGCUGCUAUCUGGCGCAUGACGCUCCGGGGUGAUCAUGUUCAAACCAAAUUUGUCUGCUGCUUCCUGUAAGACGACAGGAGAAUCCCCAGGAAACUCCAUCUUCCAUUGGAGGAAGCUUCUACAGAGGAGGAGGAAGUAUUGCCAUUUAUGUACGCUCCCUGAGACUAUGCCGCACCGAUCCAUGACUAUGGUACAGUGUGUGUCGUAAUCCUGUAGUGUGUGUAGCGUUGCCUCAAAUAGAAACGGCAGACUUCAAUGGAAGGAAAAUGGCAAUAAGGUAGAUGCUGCAUUUUAGCAA